UACUUAGAUCAAGUAUCAUCUACGCCAUUUUGGAAAAUUGACGGGCGGACGCAUUUUUCUGCAUUUUUUCGCUGUGUUUGCUCAAGAAACACUUCGAAAAUGUCAGAGUCAUAUGAUUUCUUAUUUAAGUUCCUUGUCAUUGGAAGUGCAGGCACAGGAAAAUCCUGCAUCCUUCAUCAGUUUAUUGAAAGCAAAUUCAAACAAGAUUCAAAUCACACCAUCGGGGUAGAGUUUGGCUCCAAAAUCAUCAACGUUGGCGGCAAGUCAGUCAAAUUACAAAUAUGGGACACAGCUGGCCAAGAGCGGUUCAGAUCUGUGACGAGAAGCUACUACAGAGGUGCAGCUGGGGCGCUACUAGUCUACGACAUCACAAGCCGUGAAACAUACAAUGCACUCACCAAGUGGCUGACGGAUGCCAGGACAUUGGCGAGCCAUAACAUCGCCAUCAUUCUGUGCGGGAACAAGAAGGAUCUGGACGCAGACAGAGAAGUCACAUUCCUUGAGGCCAGCAGGUUUGCACAGGAGAACGAGAUGAUGUUUCUGGAGACGAGUGCCAUGACGGGAGAGAACGUAGAAGAAGCUUUCUUGAAAUGUGCAAGAUCAAUACUCACCAAGAUUGAGUCAGGUGAAUUAGACCCUGAGCGGAUGGGCUCUGGGAUCCAGUACGGCGACUCCACACUCCGAAAAGUCACAAGGACACCGGCUGGCGCCGACUCCAAAUGCUCCUGUUGAAUAUUCAUGGUAUGCAAAAAUAUUCCAGGCAGAUCAGAUCAGUUCUACAUGUACAGAUAUUUCAGUGCACACAGCAAGAAUUCCGCAUUGGCCGAGGCUUUGGGUUUAUUUUGUGAAUGCGCCUGUUAAAGGGGUCAUAACCAUUAAAAAAAAACAGCCAGGAGCAUACUUACAUGAUCCCUGCACUCAUGCUAAGGGGUGCAAACUUCAAGUGUCUACUGUAUGAGGCCCUCUCUGUGCCAUUAUGUAUGUGUAUACCGUGCACCUGUUGACACACAUAGCUGUGUGCCUUCCCCAAUGAUUGUAAAUCGUAAUCGAAAGACAGAUUCUCGGCUGGCAACAGUAAAGCAGAUAUUCUCAGCCACGCAUGCCCAAUAAGCCAAGGGAGUUGAGUUGCCACAUGCGCGAGAGAAACUCCAAAUUGGCUUACUGUAGUCAAUAACACAUGAUUAUUGUAAACAAGAUACAGAUGAUCAGAAAAAAAUCUCAUUUGAAGUAUGUGCACCCCAUCGACUAAAAAUUGCCAACUUUUUGGAAGUAAUUUUAAGAUGUACACUGUAACUACCAAAGAUCUUUGGCAAGGUAUCUAAAAGAAAUAAUCUGCUCAGAUUUGCUGUACUACAAAUAACAUGUACGCAGGAUUUGUCUGUAUACUGUAAAAUCUGUAUUACUUAGAAAGGUCUGUAUAUAUAUUUUAAUACUGGGGCUGACUUAACCAGAUGUGCUUGUUUUCAUUUCCGUUUUGUUUUGUGGUUCGAAAUGAUCGUUUAAGAGAAGAGUUUAUUGCUGUUCUUGAAAUAUUUGCAUUCACUGAAAGUCAAAGCACUCAACACAAUAACUAUGCUGAACCAAAAGAGUGCUUCUUAUAAUGUGAUCUCCACUCCUCUCCAAGAUUAAGGGCAUAUAGAAUCAUUUGCAUUUAUCUCAACGUAACCAAGAAAAUUAUUAUCAAAAAGUUUAAAGAUCGUACUGGUACCAACCAAACACCCCGUAAAAUAAUUCCGUUCUGGCUUGCUGUCAUUUAGAAGAAAUAAAUCAAAUGUAGGUGAUUUCCAA